AUGGAAGGAUUUGCAAACUCAAAAAGGCCAUAUAUGGCCUCAAACAAUCACCUCGAGCAUGGUACAUAUCAAGUUGGGUUUAAAAAGGAAGAAUCUGAUUCUUCUAUGUUUGUUAAAACUAAUGACAAUGGCAUUGUGGUCAUUCUGGUUUAUGUUGAUGACCUUGUGAUUAUAGGCAAUAAUCACUUUGGAAUUAAAACUCUCAAGAAGCUCUUGAGUGCUGAAUUUGACAUCAAAGAUCUUGGAAAGCUAAGAUAUUUUCUGGGUAUUGAAGUAACAAGCUCUCAAGAUAUUGGCCAAUAUCAACGUCUGAUAGGGCGCCUGAUCUAUUUGACUAUUACCAGACCAGACAUUGCUAAUGCGAUUUCACUCAUUGUUAACCAUCUACCAGUCCAUUCUUCCGCACCAGAAAGUGCCCUAAUGGGAAGGACAAUGUGCAUGUUCUUUCUGAGACUUCUCUCAAUUGCGUUACUACUACAGUUUACUUUGGCACAAUCUGGAAGCCUCAGUCUCAAGCUCAUCCACCGAGAUUCAGUGGAGUCACCUCUCUAUCCAGGUAAGCUUUCAAGCGAAGAGAGAACUUCUAGGUAUGUUAAUCGCACUAUAGCCCAUGCUCGUCGGAUGAUCCAAAUAGCUAGAGGUACUCGUCCCGACGAGAUAAGUAUUCCUGUUGAUUACCAUGGUUUCGACUUUAUAGUGAUAGUUGGCAUCGGUACAAUUGAUGGCCAAUAUCAAAACUAUUAUCUCAUAUUAGAUACUGGGAGCGAUUGGUUGUGGUUACAAUGUGAAGGUUGCAAAAGUUGCUUCCGUCAAAGAUCCCCACUAUUUGGGUAUUCCAGAUCAACUACUUAUCAUCCUCUUCGAUGUGAUAUUGAGCCUCUCAACCCCCUAUGUACACCCGGUCAAUGCUGGGAAGAUACAAGUUUAUGCUCAUACAGAAUACGGUAUGCGAAUGCUCAGGGUCCCUUAACAGAGGGAGUCAUUGCAAGUGAAAAAUUUACAUUCAAUGAUGCUGGGGGCACAACUUCUAUCAAUGACAUAGUCUUUGGUUGUGGCUUGAACAAUGUUAACUUUGAUACUCAAUUUAUGCCAAAUAAUGAGAUAGCUGGUAUAAUGGGUAUAGGGUCUACACCUCAAUCCUUCAUUUCGCAGUUGGGCGAUCGCUUCCAGCAUCGAUUCUCAUAUUGCUUGCAGCCAAUGUAUGGUAAUCAAGGGAUUAAUACAUAUCUACGAUUCGGGGAAGACGCAAAAAUAUAUCCACAAGGCCGAGUGGUAAAAACUACCCCAAUUUUGACAGGACCUACUGCAGGUCUUUACUACUUGGACUUCUUGGCUCUCAGCAUUGCAGAUCAACGUAUUUCCGAUCCUCCUCUAACUCUUUGGCGGACACUAAUAGACUCAGGAAGUCCCUACACUUUAUUUCCCCCAGGGCCUUUUGCAAGUAUGAAAUCUUAUCUGUUACGUUACUUGCAGCCUUAUAAUGUGAAGAGAAUCCCACCAAGGGAUCUUAUGGAUCUAUGUUUUGAUCGGACUAAUGGUUUCAACAAUUUUCCGAGCAUCACAUUCCAUUUCAGAAAUGCUGAUCUUGUUCUUUGGCCUGAAAAUUCAUUUCUGAUUAAGGAUGACUACUUUUGCUUAGCAAUAGCACCUAUUAAUGAAUUACAAAAGAUUCUGAUCGGAGCAUACCAACAAGCGAAUUUCCGGUUCUUAUAUGAUUUACAUGGAAGAACCCUCUCCUUUUCUCCGGAGGACUGCUCUAAGGAUUCUAAUUAG